GACGCGGACGCGGGGCGGGGACGCGGGGCGCGGACGCGGGGCCGGGCCUGGGCUCUGUGCGGCGGGUCCACGCGGAGCCGCCGGUCCCCGCGCCCCGCGCCCCGCGCCGGCGGCCUCGCCAUGUUCACCUUCGUGGUUCGCGACGAGAAUAGCAGCGUCUACGCCGAGGUGUCCCGGCUGCUGGUCGCCUCCGGCCACUGGAAGAGGCUGCGGCGGGACAACCCCAGGUUCAACCUGAUGCUGGGCGAGCGGAACCGGCUGCCCUUCGGGAGACUGGGUCACGAGCCUGGGCUGGUGCAGCUGGUGAACUACUACAGGGGGGCGGACAAACUGUGUCGCAAAGCUUCUCUAGUGAAGCUAAUCAAGACAAGCCCAGAACUGGCCGAGUCCUGCUCAUGGUUCCCCGAGUCCUAUGUGAUCUACCCCACUAAUCUCAAGACCCCAGCUGCUCCCGCGCAGAAUGGAAUCCACCCGCCGAUGCCUAGCUCGAGGACGGACGAAAGGGAAUUCUUCCUGACUUCUUAUAACAAAAAGAAGGAGGAUGGAGAGGGCAAUGUUUGGAUUGCAAAGUCAUCCUCCGGUGCCAAAGGUGAAGGCAUCCUCAUCUCCUCGGAUGCUGCAGAACUUCUGGAUUUCAUAGACAACCAGGGCCAGGUGCACGUGAUCCAGAAAUACCUCGAGCGCCCUCUGCUGCUGGAGCCUGGGCAUCGCAAGUUCGACAUUAGAAGCUGGGUCUUGGUGGAUCACCAAUAUAAUAUCUACCUCUAUCGGGAGGGCGUGCUGCGGACUGCAUCAGAACCGUAUCAUGUUGAUAAUUUUCAAGACAAAACCUGCCACUUGACCAAUCACUGCAUUCAAAAGGAAUAUUCAAAGAACUAUGGGAAGUAUGAAGAAGGGAAUGAAAUGUUCUUUGAGGAGUUCAAUCAGUACCUGACCAGUGCUUUGAACAUUACCCUGGAGAAUGCUAUCUUAGUCCAAAUCAAACAUAUUAUAAGGAGCUGCCUCCUGAGCGUGGAGCCCGCCAUCAGCACCCGGCACCUCCCUUACCAGAGCUUCCAGCUGUUUGGCUUCGACUUCAUGGUGGACGAGGAGCUGAAGGUCUGGCUCAUCGAGGUCAACGGCGCCCCCGCUUGUGCUCAGAAGCUCUACGCGGAACUGUGCCAGGGCAUCGUGGACAUAGCCAUAUCCAGCGUCUUCCCGCCCCCCGACGCCGAGCAGCAGCAGAGCCAGCCGGCCGCGUUCAUCAGGCUGUGACCCCGAGACGUGGGGGUCCCGCUCCGGGAGGGCCGCCCGGCUCCGCGGGAAGAGGCAGCUCGCGAGGCUGUGAUGGAGGAGAGAGUGCGGGAGCCCAGGCGGCCCCGCGGGGCUCCCGGCGGAGCGCUCUGCACUGCUGCCCGGACUCGAAAACUGCAACGAGUGUCCCCGAGGGGAGAGGACGGAAGCACGGGGAUUUGGUUGUUUUCUUUCUCGUCCUUGGAAGCCGCGGGUGUCUAUGCUAAGGCUGCGUGAAAGCAGCGCCCCCCCCCCUCCCCGGGCCUUCCUCGGACCCGCACGUGCCGUCUCCGUCUGCUGCAGCCCUUGUGCCUUAGCUCCGUGCCCAGCUGCAACCUCUGCCCAUGCGGGGGCUGAUGCUAGAGCAUUUGGGAGGUCGCCGAAUGUCUCUGCUCGUGUGUCCCUCCCCCACACACACACACUGUUGUGAGAACCUGGACCGGCAUGCACGCAGCCCUCGGUUCCGUGCUGUGCUCUGCCUCGCGGGGCAGGGUGCCGUCCUCAUCCCGCUCCUGAAGGCACUGGGUCCGUCGCCGGGCAGUCGGGGUGGAUGUGGGCUGGGCACCACUAUAGCAAACGCUGCUGCCAGUCUGCUCUCUGCAUGUUUUAGAAACCGAGCAGCAAGUUUGCCACAAGCCUGCAAGCAUCAAAAAGCAUGAGAGAAAAAAGACAAUGCCUUGCUUGACUUCACAGUUGGGUGUCCUUGAAAUAUGAUGGAUCUGUUAUCUUUGUCUGAA